AUGGCCCAAUCGCUGUCCUCUUCUCCCAGAUCUUGCCCAUCCAGCAGCAGGAACAACGGGGCAUAUGCAGAUCUGUCUCGAAGCCAGGAUGGACAGGCCGGGGCUAGCAGCAGCACACUCUCAGGAUAUAAGGCCCCUGGCCCCUGGCGCAUGCAGCUCCAAAACGCCCGCCAGCCUGCUUUUGACGCAUCCAGUUAUUGGCCGGAAUCCGCACUCCGAGACCUGUUGCAUCUAUACCGUCGUCUCGCGAGACUCGUCAUCCUCUCAUAUAUCCGCCGAGGGCGCUCGCAAAUCCACAGCAUUGAAAUAUCCACACCAAUGACAUCCACAGCGAUCGUCGUCCCUGAAGAGGACGUCCGGCGGGGCGGAGGCGUUUCAGUAUGGCCGACCGAGAUCCAUGCGAACUACGCGAGCGUCGUCGAGGAAGCGGUCCAACUGACCGAGGAGUACACGGCCGAGUUUGGAAUCAAACUGGAUACACACACAAUCGCGAACCUGCCGGACAUCGGACCGACUCACGUCACGGCCCUUUGCAUUCCACACUGCCUGGACGAUCGGCUCUCGCUGAUGACGCGCUUUUGCGAGCUCACCUUCCUAAAUGAUGAUUACUACGACGAUGCCGGCAAAGACAAGGUACGAGAGUACAACGACAACCUCCAAGACUUCUUCGGCAAGAACAUGUACGACGAGGACCAGAAGGCGGCGAUGAAGAUCAAGGCCAAGGGGUUGUUUGCGAGCUACAUGGUCGAGAUGAUGCAGGUCGACCGCACGCUGGCCAACGACCUGAUGGCCACGUACAGCCGGAUCCUCGAGCCGACCAGCCUGCCUGAUACGGGGGAGUGCAAGACCUUUGCGGACUAUCUGGUCCUGCGCCUGGCCAACUCUGGCCUCGAAGUCUUUCAAGACAUGGCGUGCUUCGGCAUGGGCCUCAAGCUCACAGAAGCCGAAAAGGAGAAGCUCGCCCCAAUCAUCAACGUGGGCCACCACUCGACCUUCCUCAUAAACGACUACUGGAGCUGGCCGAAAGAGGUGUACAAAUACUACGAGAACGGAGAGAAGAACCUCCCGGUCAAUGCCGUCUGCAUCAUGAUGCAGGAACAUGGGUGCUGCGAGGAGGAGGCACGGCAUCGAGUCAGAGAAGAGAUCGUCAUCCAGCAGAGAAUCCACCUGCGCAUGAUCAAAGAGAUGGAGGAGCAGGAGGGGCCUCUCCCAGAAAAGUACUACAAGUACUUUGGCGCGGUCGAGACGACGGCAUCGGGGUCUGAGUACUGGAGCUGCUACAGCCCGCGGUAUCCGAGAAAGCAUGAUCUCAGCCAGCCAGAGAUUGCGAUUGUUGACGGAGAGCUGCACUACAAGACCAGCACGGGCGCCACAUACAGACCGUCCGUCGCCGAGGUGAAGAAGGGCAACCUGCGGAGGCGCAGUGACGAUGCGGUCCCUGCAAAGUCCAUGCCCAACGGCACGCACACGCAGCACACGCCUCUCCAGAAUGGAAACGGCGAGAAGCCAAAUGGCCUCACCAACGGGUCCGGGUCGAAAAAGCGACAUGUCCCAGAGCCUGUGGAUGACGGAUUUGCCCAGGCACCGACGGAUGUGAGCGAGUCUCUGUAUCCUGCUCCUGCAGUACUAAUCUAUCGGCAGGAGGUAUUAGCACCAUACAACUACAUUGCAUCUCUGCCCUCCAAGAACAUCCGAGACAAGUUCAUCGACGCGCUGAAUCUGUGGCUGCACGUCCCACGGCCGGCGCUGGCCUCCAUCAAGAAGAUCAUUGGGAUGCUCCACCACUCGUCUCUCAUGCUCGAUGACAUCGAAGAUAACUCCACCCUACGCCGUGGAAAGCCAUGCACCCAUAUCCUCUUCGGGCCCGCGCAAACCAUCAACUCGGCCAACUAUACAUUUGUUGGUGCAUUCGCCGAGUUGCAGAACUUGCGGAGCCCAUUGGCGACAGAUAUAUUCAUCCGGGAAGUCAAGAACAUGCACUGCGGACAAGCCCUCGACCUGGCAUGGAAAUACCACACCCACUGCCCAUCAGUCGACGAGUACAUGAUGAUGAUUGACAACAAAACGGGAGCAAUGUUCCGCCUCUGCGUGCACCUCAUGCAAGCCGAGUCCAGCAUACCCAGCUCCCACAUCAACGCCGGCUUCUUCGUCACCCAGCUAGGCCGCUACUUCCAAGUCCGCGACGACUACCAGAACCUCGUGUCGACCGAAUACACCGACCAGAAGGGCUUCUGCGAGGACCUGGACGAGGGCAAGAUCUCCCUGCCCCUCAUCUACACGCUCAUGCAGUCGACGCCCGAAAGCGCCGUCGUCAGGGGAAUCAUGCAGCAUCGUACCGACGGGGAGGGCCUGCCGCUGCACGUCAAGCAGUAUAUCCUGCAGGCGAUGGAGACCGCGGGGGCACUGGAUGCGUGCCAGUCCCUGGCGAGGGAGAUGCAGAGUAAUCUGAUCAGUGAGCUGCACCGUAUGGAGGAGACGUUCGGGCAGAAGAACGCGCUUAUCGAGUUGAUUCUGCGGAGGCUGUGGGUUUAG